CCAUCAGCAGGCUCAGCAGGGUGCCUGGUGCCAGCUGGAUGAGUCAGCAUGCAAGUGGUUAAGUUAGAGAGCCUUGGCUUUCUGGGUUGGAGCAUCCAGCGUUCAAGAGUUAACCUGCAGCCGGCUUCGGCUUUGGAAGAGCCCAGGCAGAGGAUACACAAGCGUCCCAGCAGGCACUCUGGCUUGCAGGGAAUGACAUGCCGUUUUGAAUGAGCAGCUGCAGCAGCGAGUUGGGAUUUGGAAACACAUUGAGGAAUCAGCCUCACAAUCUGCAAGGGACAAGGGAUGAGAUUCUGAAUGGUCAUUUGCUCUUCUGGAAGGUGAACACUGCUUUGAUUCACAGAAUCAGGAGAAAUGGCAAAACGUACCUUCUCCAGCUUGGAGGCAUUCCUCAUUUUCCUUCUGGUAAUGAUGACAGUUAUCACAGUGGCCCUCCUCACCCUCCUGUUCGUCACCAGUGGGACCAUUGAAAACAACAAAGAUUCAGGAAAUCUUGGGUCUUCAACCACUCAAGAUCCCAUGACCACCCAGACUUCUCCAAUCACACACACUCCAGAGCCUCCUCCAUUUCAGAACUUCAGUGGUUACUACAUUGGUGUUGGGCGAGCUGAUUGCACAGGACAAGUGUCAGAUAUCAAUUUGAUGGGCUAUGGCAAAAGUGGCCAGAAUGCACGCGGGCUCCUCACCAGGCUGUACAGCCGUGCUUUCAUCUUGGCAGAUCCAGAUGGGUCAAAUCGAAUGGCAUUUGUCAGUGUUGAACUAUGCAUGAUUUCCCAACGACUCAGGUUGGAGGUCCUGAAGAGACUACAGAGUAAAUAUGGCUCCCUGUAUCGAAGAGACAAUGUCAUCCUGAGUGGCAUUCACACACACUCAGGUCCAGCGGGAUUUUUCCAAUACACACUCUAUAUACUAGCCAGUGAAGGGUUCAGCAAUCGAACCUUUCAGUACCUGGUGUCUGGCAUCGUGAAGAGCAUUGAGAUCGCACACACAAAUCUUAAACCAGGGAAAAUCUUUAUCAACAAAGGAGAAGUUGCUGGUGUGCAGAUCAACAGGAGCCCCUCUUCUUACCUUCAGAACCCAGCAUCAGAGAGAGCAAGGUAUUCUUCAAACACAGACACAGAAAUGUUAGUCUUGAAAAUGGUGGAUUUGAAUGGAGAAGACUUGGGCCUUAUCAGUUGGUUUGCCAUCCACCCUGUCAGCAUGAACAAUAGCAACCACUUUGUAAAUAGUGACAAUAUGGGCUACGCAGCUUACCUAUUUGAGCAAGAGAAGAACAGGGGGUAUCUACCUGGACAGGGACCAUUUGUAGCAGGCUUUGCUUCAUCAAAUCUCGGAGAUGUGUCCCCAAACAUUUUUGGUCCACAUUGUACCAACACGGGAGAGUCUUGCGACAAUGAACAAAGCACCUGUCCCAUCGGCGGGCCUAGCAUGUGCAUGGCCAAAGGACCUGGGCAAGAUAUGAUUGACAGCACACAAAUUAUAGGACGGGCCAUCUACCAGAGAGCCAAGGAGCUGCAUGACUCUGCCUCUCAAGAAGUGACUGGACCAGUGUUUGCAGCUCACCAGUGGGUGAACAUGACAGAUGUGACCGUCCAGCUCAAUGACACGCAUGCAGUGAAGACAUGUAAACCUGCCCUGGGUUACAGUUUUGCGGCAGGCACAAUUGACGGAGUUUCAGGCCUCAAUAUUACACAGGGGACAACUGAAGGGGAUGUAUUUUGGGACACUAUUCGGGACCAGCUCUUGGGCAAACCAUCUGAAGAAAUCAUAGAAUGCCAUAAACCUAAGCCAAUCCUAAUUCAUACUGGAGAGCUGACAAAACCUCAUCCUUGGCACCCAGAUAUAGUUGAUGUUCAGAUUGUUACUCUUGGGUCACUGGCCAUCGCUGCUAUCCCUGGGGAGUUUACAACUAUGUCAGGACGAAGAUUUCGAGAGGCAGUUAAAAAAGAAUUUGAAUCUUAUGGGAUGAAGAAUAUGACUGUUGUUAUUUCGGGUCUAUGCAAUGUUUACACACAUUACAUCACCACAUAUGAAGAAUACCAGGCUCAGAGGUAUGAGGCAGCAUCUACAAUUUAUGGACCACACACUCUGUCAGCACACAUCCAGCUCUUCAGAGACCUUGCUAAGGCAAUUGCUACGGACACAGUAGCCAACAUGAGCAGUGGCCCGGAGCCUCCAUUCUUCACAAACCUGAUAGCUACGCUUAUCCCUAAUAUUGCGGAUAGAGCACCAAUAGGCAGACAUUUUGGGGAAGUUCUGCAGCCAGCAAAACCUGAAUACAGAGUGGGAGAAGUGGUUGAAGUUAUAUUUGUAGGUGCUAACCCAAAGAAUUCAGCAGAAAACCAGACCCAUGAAACCUUCCUCACUGUGGAGAAAUAUGAGGAGUCUAUAGCCGACUGGCAGAUAAUGUAUAAUGAUGCCUCCUGGGAGACAAGGUUUUAUUGGCACAAGGGAAUACUGGGUCUGAGCAAUGCAACAAUUGAAUGGUAUAUUCCACAUACUGCACAGCCUGGAACCUACAGAAUAAGAUAUUUUGGACAUAAUCGGAAGCAAGAGCUUCUGAAGCCUACUGUUAUACUUGCAUUUGAAGGCAUUUCUCCUCCUUUUGAAGUUCUAACUACUUAGUGAAAAGUUGGCAGAUAUUGAAAAAUAGCUUUUCUCUGUGUACAUUAUAGAAUGAUUUCACACAAAUGUGAGUUACCAGUUUGAUUUUUGUAACUGUCCCUGUUUGAGGGACAGAUAGUUUAUUGCUAAUGGGACACAUAUGUGUGUCUAUGUGUUUGUAUGAUUAUGAACAUGCAUGGAGAGAGAG